AGGGUAUCCAAUCAAAAACCUUGCAUGCAAUUUCUAAAUGUAUAAAAAAAUAAACACAUCAAAAUGUACAAAUAAUAACCUGUAACAUUAGUGAAGCUUUGAGGGGCAGAGUCUGGAGCGCGUGCUGCAGCGGACCCGGAAGUGUUUGAUAACGGUUAAAAGCCAGUUGACGUCGCUUGCUAACGUUAGCUGUCAGCCGGGUUCAGUCAUUGUGCAGGGAUGGAGCUGACACGCAGGAAUUUCAAAGACAGUUUAAGCACGGUGUACAGCGCGAUAGAGGAGGCUGACUUUCUUGCCAUCGAUGGAGAAUUUUCAGGGAUAAGCGACGGUCCUAAUGUCAGUGCACUUACAAACGGGUUGGACACACCGGAGGAGAGAUACACAAAGCUUAAAAAGCACUCCAUGGAUUUCUUGCUGUUCCAGUUUGGAUUAUGCACAUUCAAGUACGACCAGGCAAAAUCCAAGUACAUCACGAAGCCUUUUAACUUUUAUAUAUUUCCGAAACCGUUCAACAGGACAUCCCCUGACAUAAAGUUCAUCUGUCAAAGUUCCAGUAUUGACUUUCUGGCCAGUCAGGGAUUUGACUUCAACAAGGUGUUCUGUAAUGGAAUCCCGUAUCUGAAUCAAGAUGAGGAAGCUCAGCUGAGGGAGCAAAUGGAGGAGAGGAGAAACCAACAUGCUAACGGUGUGGGGACACCGUCCUUCAUCUCUCCAUCCUCUAAAGGCCCCGCACACGUACCCGAGGAGCACAAAGACUUCAUCAACAAAGUCAUAGAGAAGGUGGAGGCGCUCUUCACUAAUGCAGAGAAGACUUUGGAUUUGGAGCCAUGCACCGGGUUCCAGAGAAAGCUGAUCUACCAGACGCUGAACUGGAAGUUUCCUAAGGGGCUUCACGUGGAAACAGUGGAGACGGAGAAGAAGGAGCGAUUCAUCCAGAUCAGCAGAGUAGAUGACGAGGAGAGGAAGAGGAGGGAGCAGCAGAAAGUGGAGAGGGAGCAGGAGGAGCUCAGUGAUGCUGUCGGCUUCUCCAGAGUCAUCCAUGCCAUCUCCAAAUCUAAUAAGCUUGUGGUUGGCCACAACAUGCUGCUGGAUGUGAUGCACACUAUCCACCAGUUUUACUGUCCUCUGCCUGAGGAUCUUCAAGACUUUAAAGAGGUCACAAUGUGUGUUUUUCCAAGACUUUUGGACACAAAGUUGAUGGCUUCCACUCAGCCUUUUAAGGAGCUGAUUUCUAACACAUCACUGGCAGAGUUGGAGAAGCAGCUCAAAGAGGGCCCCUUCAAGUCGCCACUAGUUGAAACGGCUGAGGGGUUCGUCAGCUACGACACAGCCCAGGAGCAGCUCCACGAGGCGGGAUACGACGCCUACAUCACCGGCCUCUGUUUCGUCUCUAUGGCCAACUACCUGGGCUCUUUUCUGACUCCACCCAAACCUUACAUCUCGGCUCGCUCCAAACUAAUCGAGCCUUUCUUCAACAAGCUGUUCCUGAUGAGGAUAAUAGAUAUUCCCUACCUCAACAUUACAGGACCAGAUUUGCAACCCAAAAGAGAUCAUGUACUGUACGUCACCUUCCCAAAAGAAUGGAAGACAAGUGACAUCUACCAGCUCUUCAGUGCCUUCGGAAACAUCCAGGUGUCUUGGAUUGAUGACACAUCAGCAUUUGUGUCUCUCAGUCAGACAGACCAGGUGCAGAUAGCUAUGAACACCAGCCGCUAUGCAGAGAGUUACAGGAUCCAGACGUAUGCAGAGUACAUCCAGGGUAAACAUCAGGACAAGGACAAGGUCGUUCAGACGCCCAAAACGUGGGGAGAGGACAGCUGGAAGAAGUCUCACUACACUCCCUCCACUACUUCAGCUGGUUUUGGAUAUUCCAGAGGUUUAAGGAAACGCAGCAUCAGCCCAGUUCCAGGAGACGAGGGGACUGGAGACUCUCUAAUUACAGACGGCUGGAGUAACUACUCAUACCCGGAUAGCACAGGCAGCAAGAAGAUGAAAACUGAUGCCUCAAGCGAUCAGGCCAACACAGACGCUGUGGAGAGCAAAACCUCAGAGGGGUGGCUGAAGACGGCAGAUUCAUCAGAUACAGCGGGGUUAAGUCCGGUCCCUGAUGAGGACGAGGCUACUGAGGACACGGAUCAAGCCAGAGAUGUUGAUGGGACUGUCACCUGGCAACAAGCGCCGUCAACGAUGCACGGGAGGAAAGGUCAAAAGAACAAGAAGAAGCAGACUGAAGCAGCUGAAUCUACGACAUCGCUGUUCGAGGUUCCUGAGGUCUGGUAGCGAGAGGUGAGGAGUGGAGAGGCCGCUGCCCCACACUGAGCUGCUGCUCUGAGUCUCUUCCUAAGCACUUGGGCCGCUCUCCUGUAAGGUUGUACAUCACUGGGAGUAGUGCACGCCCUGAAUUCAUUUGUCCACUCAGCAAGCUGUGGACACAGUGUCCAAAGCCCCCAGCCAGGCUGCUUGACUGGACUGUUGAAAGGUAAAACACAAGCCAUAAAGACAGCUGCCAUAUUUUCAUUUUGUAACAGAGGAGCAGGCAACUCUUCUGGGUAAACACACGCUGGUAUACACUCGUACACAUCACCUGAAUACUCAAAUCUUAGCUCCACAAGUGUUCAUUUAUUCAUUGAUAUCAGACUGGAAUCUGCCACCGCAGCCAUGCUAUCACUCUGAAAUCAAUUUUAACAACACGGUCACCUCCAUCAGUCUUAGUUUGUGUGGUUGUUGUGUGCGAGUUGGUGCAUGUGAGAGAGAUGUAACUUUUGAAUCUCUGUAAAUCCUUUUCAUGAAAUGUGACAGAAAAAAAAACACCACCUGACGGGUCCUGUAGUUAACAAUGUCUGGGUUAUUUAGUAUUUUAAUUCAGUCGAAUAUUUUUAAAAAAAAGUAAGCUCUGUCAACUUCCCCAAUUUUAUCAAACAUGUAUAAGCUUCAAUGAAAAUGUGAUGUUUAUUAUUGUUGGCGUUCUGGUCCUUCAUGGGAGGUGCUUGUUUCUUUUUGUACAGAAUCGGUUUCUUUACCUUUUUUGUGUUUAAUGUUUUGUAUCUGUGUCAACCUGCAACAAAGUUAAAGUAUGUCCUAAUGCAAAAUGUGUAAACCGUUAAAAGACGAAUACCUUUUUGUAUAAGAAAGUUUAAAAAUCCUCAAAUAUUUCCUUGGAAAGGGAAAAAAUUAAAGAAUGUUUCUUAGUA